AUGGGUGAAAGGGAUUUUGAUCUUUUGCAAGCCACCUUGCUGAAAGCAGCAGCAAAAGGCUGGCAAGCCUUGCAGUUCCAUGUAUCUUUGAGAUACACAAGUUUGAAGAAAGACUACACCUAUGAUCUGAGUAAAAUGAGGUUCGAUGUAUUGCCCAGAGACGGUAAUGUGGACAACAUUGCCGAAGCGAUUUAUCCAGCAGAUGGCCCAGAAAAUAUUUGUCCUUUGAAAGUGUAUGAGGAUGUUUUACCUACAGAUGUCCAAACCAAUGAAAUGAAGGAGCCUGCUCCUAAAAAGUCAAAACUUUGUAUUGACUUAGAUGAUACCCCGGAGAUCACCUUGGGCUCACAAAAUGAUAAAGCAAAUAAAAAAUCUGAUGACAAUGAAUUUAUUCAGACAACAGAAGAUGAAAUUGAUAAAGAUAAAACAUCUAUUGACGAUUCAGGUUUUUCUGAUCUUGGUAAAAUUGUCACAGGUGCAAUAAAGUUGAACACAAUGUCCUCAGCUGAAAAGAUAAGUUAUAUUCAGAAUCAGCCCUUGCCAGACGAUAUCGCCAAGUUAAAAACAGGUCGUGCUCAAACAACGAAUACAGGUGAACUAAAGAAGACUUUAUCAUUUCAAUCUUCUUGGAUGAAUCAGUUUCCAUGGUUGACCUGUAGCAAACUGUUAAAUGGCGGUCUAUGCAAGUUUUGUGUCAUGUUCCCUCAAUCAGAUGUCCAACAUCAAAAUGCGUUUGUUACGCAACCUUUUACUGCGUAUAAAAAAGCCCUUGGAAAAACAUCUGCCCUUUUAAAGCAUCAAAAUUCAGAACACCACAAGAAUGCCAAAUCUGUUUAUCAAACAACCAAGAUGACAUCCCAAGUGCCAUCUUCGUCUCUUCCGUAUAAACUAAAUCAGCAAAAUCAGACACAGUAUCAGCACAACAUUAGGUUGCUUGAGAAAAUAGUAGAUGCGGUCAUUCUGUGUGGGAAACAAAAUAUUCCUCUGCGAGGACACAGAGAUGAUAGUACAAGUGAUUCUUCAAAUAAAGGUAAUUUCCUGGCAAUAUUACAGCUGUUGGCAAAGCAUGAUGAGCAGCUCAUGUCUCAUCUACAAACAGCAAAAAAGAAUGCCUUAUACACCAGCAAAACCAUUCAAAAUGAGGUUAUCCAACUCAUAGGAAAUCACAUCACAGGUAAAAUUUUGAAGGGUCUACAAGGGAGGGGUUUUUAUUCCAUCAUAGCCGAUGAGGUAACAGACAAAUAUGCUAACAAAGAAGUUUUAGUCUUGUGUCUCAGAUUUCUAGAUACUAGAGAAAACCCUGCCACCAUUAAGGAGGAAUUCCUUGACUUUUCAAAUAUAGGCAGAACUACAGGGGAAGCAAUUGCUGAUAAACUCAUUGAAAUCCUCCGUUCGCUUGCAAUUCCAAAUGAGAACAUGCGAGGGCACGCAUACGAUGGUGCAGCAGCAAUGGCAUCGGAAAAACGGGGGUGUCAGGGACGAAUGAAGUCUCUAAACCAAUUAGCUUUGUUUACACAUUGUCGGAGUCAUGUGUUGAAUCUGAGCGUUGCUUCAGCCUGCAAAUUACCUCUUGUAAGGAAUAUGAUAGAUGUCCUUAAUUCAGUGUUUAUUUUCUUUGACAGUUACCCCAAAAGACAAGGUUUUUUUGAGAAUAUUAUAGAAAAUGAUGGGUCAGUAGAUUUUUCCAAAAAGAAACUUGUAGGACUCUGUAAGACUAGGUGGGUUGAACGUCAUAUCUGCUUGGAUGUGUUUUACACUAUGUACAAGUUCGUCAUCAAAUGUCUUCAGCACAUUAUCAAUCAAAACCUUGAUGAAAGUACCAAUGAAGACUGGUCUUGGGAUAGACAAACUAAAGUGACAGCACAGGGACUUUUGGCUUCGUUGACGUCCUUCUCUGUGUUGAUAACAUUUGUGUUUGUAAGGUACGUCCUAGACACAAUAAAACCUUUAACUCUCAAACUUCAGAAGAGAGAUAUUGACAUUUUCACUGCAAGUAAGCUAAUCGAGGAACACGUUGAUAGAAUCAAAGAAAUUCGUACAGCGGUAGAUACGGAAUUUGAGUCUUGCUUUGAAGACGCCAAACAAAUUGCAGAUGACCUUGAUAUAGUGAUUAAAAUUCCAAGGGUUUGCUCAAAGCAACAACACAGGAAAAAUGUCUCCACAACUAAUCCCAAGAUUAUUAUAGAUCUGUCGUGGCCAUUCCAUUUCUGGACUUUCUUCUCAGUGAAUUAA